AUGACAAAAGAGGAUAACAGAAGGAAGUUUUUGGAUGUUUUCCCAUCCUUAGUUAACCAAUUAACACACGCUUUACGCCAAUAUGGUAUUCCAAACGAUGCGAUCGACUGGUAUGAAAAGUCUUUGUUGUACAACACUCCAGGUGGUAAACUAAACCGUGGUUUAUCAGUUGUCGAUACCUAUGUAAUUUUGAAAGGUUUCAGCUCACCAUCUGAGUUACCAGACGAGGAGUACCACAAGAUUGCUUUGUUAGGUUGGUGUGUUGAGUUGUUGCAGGCCUACUUUUUAGUUGCUGAUGAUAUGAUGGACAAGUCUAUCACUAGAAGGGGCCAGCCAUGUUGGUACCGUCUUGAUGAGGUUGGUGAUAUGGCCAUCAAUGACGCCUUCAUGCUGGAAGCGGCCAUCUACUGUUUACUAAAGGCGAACUUCAGAAAUGAGUCGUACUAUGUAAACUUGUUAGAGGUGUUGCAUGAUGUUACCUUCCAAACGGAAGUUGGUCAGUUGUUGGAUUUAAUGACUGCACCAGAGACCAUGGUCGACUUGUCCAAGUUCUCUCUCGAAAGGCACUCGUAUAUUGUCAUCUUUAAGACCGCAUAUUACUCAUUCUACUUGCCUGUUGCUUUGGCGAUGUAUGGAGCUGGUGUCAAUGAUGAGCGGGACUUCCUGCAAGCCAAGGAGGUCUUGCUUCCAUUGGGUGAAUACUUCCAAAUCCAAGACGACUACUUGGACUGUUUCGGCAGCCCAGAGGAAAUCGGGAAAAUUGGAACUGACAUCCAAGACAACAAGUGUUCCUGGGUGAUUAAUGCCGCCUUGAAGUUGUGUUCUCCUGAGCAAAGGAAGAUUUUGGAUCAGAAUUACGGCCGGAAGGAUGAUGAAUGCGAGAAAAAGUGCAAGCAAGUUUUCUACGACCUUAAGCUAGACAAGGUUUACGAGAAAUACGAAGUCCAAGUCGCCCAGAAGUUGAGAGAGAAGAUCGAGCAGAUUGAUGAGUCUCGCGGGUUCAAACGCGAAGUUCUAUAUGCCUUCUUGGACAAGGUGUACAAGAGAAAGAAAUAA